AUGGCUCUUGAAGACAAUCAACAACAGCAGAAGGUCUCGGUUAAUUUAGCAACAAAAUAUCCUGAAGUAGUUUUGUGUGUUGGAAAAAUAUGCUUUGGUGAAAAAGCAAGAAAAAAGAUACCAAAAAAUUCAAAACAAGAUCAAAAAUACACCCUUGCCUGUGCAGUGUGUGCCUUGCUGAACUCUGGAGGAGGUGUCGUAAAAGCAGAGAUUGAAAAUGAAAACUACAACUUAGAGAGAGAUAAGAUCGGACUAGAUUUAGAAGAGACUUUUCGGUCUCUUCUUUUGUUUCCAGACUGGAGAGAAUACCUGGACUUUGAACAGCGAGAUAAUUACCUUUUGAUUUUUAUUAAAACCUGGAGCAGUGAAAGCACAGCUUCUACAACAAAGCAAGAUGGAGUCAGGAGAGAGCUUAGCCCAGGACCACCUGCUAAAAUCAGGAAGACAAGGGCUAUUGAACGAGAAAUGGAUAUUAUAAAUAACACUGUUGCCGAGUGGUUUAAUAGGGACCAACUGCGACAUGGAGAGACACUGGCUUUCACAGAGUCAGGAGAUGUGGAAUUUAAGCACUAUUCAACUGAAAAAAUAUUUACUCGUGUCAAAGAGAUAUUACCUCAGUAUAUCACUGGAUUUGCAAACACAGGCGGUGGGUAUUUAUGGAUCGGUGUGGAUGAUGACAGCAGAGUGCAGGGAUUCAGCAGUGAUGAGGACCUUGAAAAAUUAAGUUUCUUAAUCGAGUCCAUUGGAAACAAAUUAACCCUCUUCCAUUUCUGUGGGAAUGAAAGUAAUCACAAGAUAAAGUAUGAACACAAAAUCUUCAAAGUAUACAAUGAGGCUGGAAAACACUGUGGCUACGUCUGCGCUGUGAAGAUUCAGCCAUUUACUUGCGUCGCGUUUUCCGAAGAUCCGGACUCAUGGCUAGUGGAAGGCAGCACCAUCAGUAGACUGAAAGCAGACAAGUGGGCUGAGUGGAUGACCGCUGCUGAUCCAGAUCUUUCAAAGUUUUCUGAGAUCUUUAGGCUAGAGCUCAGUCUGACAGAGGGGCCACCUCUUGCCAAGCCAGUUUAUUCACAGUGGGGCCUUGACAAUGUUGAUGAUCUUUGUAAGCAACUGUUUCCAGUGAGAUCCCACAGCAUAAUAUAUACUCCAGAAAAACUCAGUGAAGAUCUCCUCCAAGAGCAUCCAACAUUGGCUCUUUUAAUGACAAAUCAAUUGAAGCAGCUUUCUGGGGGAGUUCUGAUAUUUUCCAGAAGCUGGGCUGUUGAGGUCGGCUUGCCAGAAAACCAACACAUAAUUUGUGAUCUUCUCCUAAUAGCCAAGGACAGGCCACCUAUCCUCUAUACAAUCUGUAAGGAUUAUAUGUCAAAGGAUUUGUUUGAAUACUCAAGACGCAUAGCCUGGAGGCUGAAGGAGAAAUUAGUCAACACUGGGGGCUAUAUUCACAAAUUGUGUGUAAUACCAAAGCUACUGACUUUGCCUGCCACGAUUAACUCUGGAAAAGAAUGGGAUCUGAAUAUUCAAGAAAUGUAUCCCCAAAACUAUGGCCUAAUCACCAGUGACAACUUGAAGGCCCUCUUGCGUGCUCUCACAGUAGCUCUGCUGACUUUCAAGUCCUUUUUAAGUGACCAUGUUGGUUCUGAGUUUUUGAACCUCUUGACCAUCAAACAAUACCAGCUGCUGUCAGAAAAUCUUCACAAAACUAGGAAGCUGUAUGUUUAUGGACUACCAGGAACAGGAAAAACUAUAGUAGCCCUGAACAUCAUAAAGAAAAUAAGACUUAUGCAGCAGUGCACAAAAGAGGAAGUUCUUUAUGUGUGCGAGAACCAGCCUCUGAGAGAUUUUGUGCAGCAGAAAGACAUUUGCCAAGCUAUGACAAGAGUAGCCUUUUUGAGGGCACGACUAAAUCAUGUGAAGCACAUAAUAAUUGAUGAAGCACAGAAUUUCCGAGAUGAGGAAGGUGAUUGGUAUACCAAAGCCUUGACUCUAACUUCAUCACCACAUCUCCCUGAGCCCGGCUUUUUCUGGAUUUUCUUGGACUACUUACAGAAAAGUCACUGCUUCUCAACUGGUCUUCCAGAAGCAAAAUGGCAUGAUCCUGUUGAGUCACUAACCAAAGUGGUUCGUAAUGCUAACAGUAUCUAUAGCUAUCUAAAAGAAAAGAUGGAAAUGAUCGUAAAGAACCCUACCCUAAAUAUUCCCAAACAACGUUUGGAAAACCUCAGUCAGUAUGGGUUAGAAGAACCCAGUUGCUUCAGGGAGGAGCUGUAG